GGCCAGCCGGCCGGCCCCGACAAGGGUCCGGAGGACGACCCGGACAAGAAGAAGCCCGACGGAGAGAGCACCACCACUCAGCUGGCCAAGACCGCGCUCUGGAUGCUCGUCAUCUACUGGUUCAUCACCAUCGUGUCCAUGCUGUUCCCGAGCAGUAACAGGCCGGAUCAGAUCUUCCGCUUCGUCUCGUGGAACGAGUUCGUGCACCACAUGCUGGCGCGCGGCGAGGUCGAGGAGGUGAUCGUCCGGCCGGACCUCAACCAGGUGACGAUCGUGCUGCACGACGGCGCCAUCAUCAAGGGCAAGCGGGUCGAGUUCAACGUCUUCCAGAUGAACGUGCCCGACGUGCACCAGUUCGAGGAGAAACUGCGGGAGGCGGAGACCAAGAUCGGGGUACGGCCGGAGGACCGGAUCCCGGUGGUGUACGAACGGUACUCGGACGCGGCCGGCCGCCUCCUCACCACCAUCAUCAUCGUCUCGCUGCUGGCGUACGCCCUCUCCGUCAGCAAGGGCCGCUCGCCCAUCUCCAUGAACGCGCUGGGCUCCUUGUCGCGCGCCAAGUUCACGGUCGUCGACUCGCUGGCCGGCGAGGGUCGCGGGGUGAAGUUCAGCGACGUGGCCGGUCUGAAGGAGGCCAAGCAGGAGGUCAUGGAGUUCGUCGACUACCUGAAGCGGCCAGAGUACUAUCGCAGCCUGGGCGCCAGGGUGCCGAAAGGUGCGCUGCUGCUGGGUCCGCCCGGCUGCGGCAAAACGCUGCUGGCCAAGGCGGUGGCCACCGAAGGCCACGUGCCGUUCCUCACCAUGAACGGCUCCGAGUUCAUCGAGAUGAUCGGCGGUCUCGGCGCCGCCCGGGUCAGGGAUCUGUUCAAGGAGGCCCGGAAGCGGGCGCCGUGUAUCGUGUACAUUGACGAGAUUGACGCCAUCGGGCGGGCUCGAGCCGAGGGCGCGGGCAACUUCAGCGGCGGCGCGGGCGAGAUGGAGCAGACACUGAACCAGCUGCUGGUGGAAAUGGACGGCAUGGCCACCAAGGAAGGCGUGGUCAUCCUGGCGUCCACCAACCGCUCCGACAUCCUGGAUAAGGCGUUGCUCCGCCCGGGCCGCUUUGACCGACACAUCCUGAUCGACUUGCCGACGCUGGCUGAGCGGCGCGAGAUAUUCGACCACCACCUGACCUCGAUCGUGCUGGAGCACCCGGUGCAGGCCUACUCGUCCCGACUGGCCACCCUCACGCCCGGCUUCAGCGGCGCCGACAUAGCCAACGUGUGCAACGAGGCGGCGCUGAAGGCGGCCCGGGACGGCGCCAAGCGGGUGACGGGCGCCGAGCUGGAGUACGCCAUCGAGCGAGUGGUGGGCGGCACCGAGAAACGCUCGCAGGUCAUGUCGCCGGCCGAGCGGCGCGUGGUGGCGUUCCAUGAGUCGGGCCACGCCCUGGUCGGCUGGCUGCUCGAGCAUACGGACGCUCUGCUCAAGGUCACCAUCGUGCCGCGCACCAAUCAGGCCCUCGGCUUCGCCCAGUACACGCCUUCCGACCAGCGCCUGUACACCAAUGACGAGCUGUUCGACAGAAUGUGCAUGGCGCUGGGUGGCCGCUGCGCCGAGGCUCUGGUGUUCGACCGCGUCACCACCGGAGCGCAGAACGACCUUGACAAGGUCACCAAGAUGGCGUACGCCCAGGUGCGCACGUACGGCAUGAACGAGGCCGUGGGCCUGGUAUCGUUCGACCCGCCAGGCGCCGGCCGCCGGCCCUACAGCCGCAAGCUGGCCGCCCUGGUGGACGCCGAGGUGCGCGCGUUGGUGGCGCGCGCCUACCGACACACGGAGAGCGUGCUCCAGCAGAACAUGGCCCAACUCAACUUGAUGGCCGAGGCUCUGAUGUCGCGUGACACGCUCAACUACGACGACGUGGUGUCGCUGAUCGGGCCGCCGCCACACGGCCACAAGCGCACCGUCGAGCCGCAGGAGUUCGAGGGGUCGCUGCAGGCGGCCGAGGCGGCGGAGCGACUGCACGAGGGCGUUAUCCGGGACGUGGAGCGGCAGCAGAGGCGCAAGACUGAGAACCUGGCCGUGCUCGGCAAGCAGCACGACCUGGAGAAGAUCCUGAAGCGAGAGCGGGACAGCGGCCACGCCGACAGCGAGCACCACUGA